AUGGAAGAAACAUCGCAUCCUCUCGAAACGCCUCAGGGCGAUGGUGUCCUAGUCGAACCGUCCACGGCGCCCGAAUACAAAUCACAGUCGAAUCCUACGCCCGCCCCGCUACCGCCUCCGUCGAACGCGCUGACGACGUCUGCUGUGCUCGAUGCCACACUCAAGUUCUUUGCGAAUGCGAGCAAUGAGACCCUCGGAGCCUGCGCAGUUGGCCUGUGCGCCUCCACCUACCUAGUUCUCGGGAGAGUCGGUUUGGUUCUCAUCGGCGCAGUAGGCGGCGUCGUUCUUCAUGCUACCUGGGAAAAUCGGUACGGCGGCGGAUUGGAUGGUGAGAGUAAAGAGAUCAACCAGAGAAGGAAAGAGCUGGGGAUUGAAGUUGCGCAGAGAGUCCUGGAUUGGCGAGAAGGGAGAGAGAAGCCCAAGGACGAGGAGGACGAUAGUCUCGUCGACUCCAGGGUCGAGCUGAAGACGCUGGAUUACACGGACUUCGAACCCGAAACGAGAGCUGCUCUCACCAACUUGACCGAUGCUGUUAUCAGAGACUACGUCCAGGCGUGGUAUAGUCCACUGCUUCCCAAAGACCGGUCGUUUCCAGCGACGUGCAGACGGACCUUCACCAGCUUCGUCCUCUCCUUCGCCAACCAUCUCUCCCGGAAACGGACUGCCGAUCCAGUUCUCGAUUUCUUUGCUAACUCGACUUCGAUCAUCAUUGUCUUCCUCAACGAACUCUCCACCGCCCUCAAGGCGUCAUCCAACCAGGACGCGGAAACGGCAGUGAAAACCUAUCUACAAUUUCAACCCGACAGCAAUUUGGCCAAUGUGCUGAGCAAGGAACAGCAAGAGCGGAAGCUCAGUCUGGUUGCGGAUGAUAUCUUACAGAACUUCCUUGAGCCCCAGUCGUACAAUUGUCCCCCGGUCAAAACGUUCCUGAGGGAGGUGUUGUCUGGACUGGUGCUUGAAACCACCAUUGACAUGUGCUCAAAACCGGAGUUCAUCAAUGGCUGGAUUGUUUACCUGCUGGAAGGUGGCGAACCCGAGCUCAUGAAUGCUAUCGAUGCUGGGGUAGAAGACAUGAACGAGGCCAUGUCACAAGCCAAGGAGAAUGACGAUGUCGGCAAGAUCCACGAUCGCCGUAUGAGUAAGGCUGAAGAGGCCAUGCAAGAGGCUAUGCGAGAGGCUCAAAGGUUGAACGAGAUGAUUGCUGAGGAUGAAGCCCGGCGGAAACGCGGACUGGCCCCCAGCGAGCCCGAAGAAAACAGCUCCGUCGCCACCAAUGAUGUCGGAAUGGCUACACCGACCUCCUCUGAUAGUGAUCGGAAUCGGCCAGGAGAACAAUCUUUGGACACUUCCUUGGUAUUCGACAAUGAUGGCAACGCCUACGCUUCGUCAACUCCAAGCCCCAGCAAAGAACCGGAGUCCUUCACCAGCUUUGAUCAGUUGGCGGAGACGGUCCCAAACGUGCUACCACCGGUGUCAACUGCUCCGGCGCCCAUCGAAACCAUGAUGGCAAUCCCCUUGACACUACACAACGCUUCGAUCACCAUUCUUGAUCUUGGCGACCUGAAUGAGCGAGCCACAUUUCGGCAGAAACCGAAUAACGAGUAUCUGCUCCAGAUAGAACCUGCAUCGAAUCGGUACCCGGGAUGGAUGGUGUCCCGCAAGUACCCGGAAUUCGAGCCCCUUCAUCAGACUCUGACUACCAUUGCUCGCCUCUCGGGCGUGCCAGAGUUUGGGCAAAAGUAUCCAACCCUGCCUCCUUGGCGAGGCCAGACGAGUGCGGCACUCUCCCAAAGCCUCGAGGCCUACCUGAGGUUCGUGGUCAAGUAUGAGCCAUUGGCCGAAACGGAAGCCAUGAAGAAAUUCCUCGACAAAGAGACCGGUCUCCAAAAGGCGCCUGUCCAGAGUAAGAAUGUUCUGGUACAGGGAGGUGCUGCAUUGGAAAACGUCGGCAAGAACUUCAUCAACGUCUUAGGGCAGGGCGGAAAGAACAUCGCUGGCGGCGGCAAGGCCGUGCUGGGUGGUGUACAGGGCGUCUUUGGCGCCGUGGCAACCGGUGUCGGAGGAGCACCCAAGAGGCUUAUUGCAGCAAGGCCAACGCCGACGAGAACCCACACGGGGCAAUCCUCCAACUCGAUUUCGCGAAUCAGCCAGGAAUUGCCGCGACAAAGCACCGACAGUGGGGAAGAGAGGCCACCCCCCUUACCCGCGAGACCUAGUGCUGGAGUCACGUCGGGCCCGGAGGCCAGUUCGCAAUCACCGAUCAGCUUGAACGAGUCGGGGCGUCAAUCAGAAGAGGUCAUAUCAAUGCCACCGCCACCGAGCGUCAUCACAGACGACUACCAACCUAUCACGCUUCCUAAACCCGAGACGCCGCCACGGCCCCGGCAAGACACAAUCACAGCCAAUCCAUCAACACCUGCUCCAUCGUUAAAAUGGGAAGACUCGGGCUCGGUCCCCUCGACGACUAAUGUGCCGGCAAAGAUACCCUCGAGACGAGCCAAAAGAGAUGUGCCAGUCUCGGAAGAAGAGACUCGCAUUCUGAUAGAACUGUUCUUCGCCAUCCUCACUGAGCUAUACUCUCUCUCGGGUGCAUGGUCAAUCCGUCUGUCCCUCCUCGGUGCAGCAAAGACAUUCCUCCUCCGCCCAAACAAUCCCCAACUAGAGUCAAUCCGUGUAUUGCUACAAGAAAGUGUGCUCGACACGAACUUUUCCGACAAGGGAAUGGCGACGCACAUCAAUACUCUGCGGUACAAUAGUCUACCCACUGAAGAAGAGAGGUCCACGUGGCCCAAGGAGUUGACAGCGGAUGAGAAGGAGAAGCUCCGUCUGAAAGCACGCAAAUUGCUGGUCGAGAGGGGCAUGCCACAGGCCUUGACCAGCGUGAUGGGGACAGCUGCCAGUGGAGAAGCACUGGGCAAAGUAUUCGACUGUCUGCAGAUGGAGAAUGUGGCUCGGGGGUUGAUCUUUGCGCUUUUACUGCAGGCCAUCAGGGCCACCACACAAUAG